UUCAUUGAAUGAACCUGGCGAAGCUGAACAUCCAGAGCAGAACAAUACCACCACAGGAGGAGAGUCUGAAAUGAAGGAUGGGAGGGGUGAAGAGAAACAGACGGGACAGGAAGAGAAAGCAGGAGAGGCUGAUGAAGUCAAAGAGGUUGACACUGUAAGCAGCACCAGCGUUGGUGAGCUGUCUGCAGAGGAGAGUGAAACAUUGACGGACACAAGUCCAACAUCUCAGACUGUUUCUACAAACAUCAAAGAUCACUUGGACCCAUUAACAGGUGAGGCUGAUGAAGUUAAACAGAUACACAAUGAAAGCAGCAGUAACAUGAGUGAGCGGUCCACAGAUGACAGCAAUACACUGAAGGACACAAGUUCAACAUCUCAGACUGUUUCAACAGAAGUAGAUCAGCUGGAGGAGAGAGCAGCAACAAGAGAAGUAAAGUGUGUUCCAGUGAAUGACUCUGGUGAUGCUGAACACUCAGAGAAGAAUGAUGACUGCACAACAGUGGAAGGAGAACCUGAAAUCAAAUCUCUAAUACCAUCAGCAACCAAGGAGAAAGGCACCUUAGAUAUGGAUAUGAGUGGACACAAGAAUAAGCAGUCAGUGAAGAUCUCUGAGGAGAUCAACAGGAAGAAACAAUGCCAAAGAGAAACGGAAACGUUGCUUCACAGACUUCACCUUCAAGACAAACAGAAUUUGUCUCCAGCAGAUUUUCUUAAAAUAGGUCCACCAGUGAAACAGGACCAUGAAACAUCUGAGGAAGAUCUAGCUCAUACUUUUCUUCAGAGGUUGAUGAUGUUAGACUACAGAGCCAGAUAUAUUCCUGUAAGACAGGACAGUGCUGAGGUGAGCCAUUCGAAUCUUCCAGAGCUUGAUUCUUCAAACACAAAAGAAAGUGUUUUAGAUGCAUUUUUUAGCACCAACGUUGACUGUGAUCAAUCAGAUCAGACUCAUGUUCAUCCGAUGGACGUUCAAAUGGCAGUAUUUCACUGCUCAGACAGCUUCCUUAAGCAGAACAUGAUGACAAAGCUGUCACAGUGUCAGUACGCCUUACCUUUGCUUGUUCCUGACCCAGUCACACUGGAUGUUGAGUGUCCUCUGUGGACAUUCAGACAAAUAAGAAAAACCUGGAAGAUAACUAAAGUCAAGGGUGAUUCUAACAUUGUCACCAUGAAGAGUUUGCCCAUCUGCAAAGCUGAGACACCCAUGGUGUCAUUUUUCCGCCUGGGUUCAGUGUCAGUGUCUAAAUCUCAGCUGAUGAACACUUUGAUCAAUGAGCGUCACAACACCUUCUUCCACAGAAACUGCCCAGGUAGCACCAGAUCUCGCCUUUUGAUGGAUGGUGUGGCAGAGAUUGCCUGGUACUGUCCUGCUGGAAAACCCAACGAUGCCUUCACUGACUGCACUGCCUUCUGUAAUCUUCAUGGUGAUGCUCUGUCCAUUGAAAAACAGCGUGAGAUACUGACUGAAAAAUCUUCAGUCAAUGUUGUUCUGUUACCAACUCCGGAAAAAGGUAGCAAAAGUGCUGAAGUUAUCUCAGAUCUUCUUGAGUCUCCAAAGCCUCUGAUUUGUCUCAUUACUGAUAAUGAUUGUGGUGCAGUUCAGAUGAAAAAGGGAAAAUAUAAAAUGGGUCUAAAAGACAGAAGCCAGUCAGAUGUUUCUGAAGAACUGAAACGGAUCAUUAGAGAGAUCUUGUCUGGAUCACAAACGUCCUUCCAGCUUGAAACCAUGGCCGAGGUCUCUGGGAUCAAAGUGGAUGAAGUAGACACAGUCUGUCAAAAAGGGAAAUCUGCUGCUAUGAAAUUAAUGAAUGCUCUUCAGAAGAUGGAUGUUUCAAAAAUCAAAGAUAAAUUCCUCCCUUGUCAUGGCCGACUGUGGCAUGAGUGGUGCAGAAUAAACAAGAUACAGUAUCACCUCAAGGGACAUGUUGAGGAGGAGAAAUGUAAAAGGCAACAGGAACUGAUAAAAAUACGAGAAGAACAAUGUGAUGCUUCCUGUAGUGAACUGGUGAAGUUGUUCAUUGAAAGUCUCUCAUCUUUGACAUCAACAGACAAAGAGUAUUUCCUGAAAGGGACUCAGAUCUUAAUAGACGCCCUCUCCACAGACGAUCUCAUAUCAAUUCUCCAAAGCUAUGAUAAGAAGUGGUCUGAGGUCUUGGCUCUGAAAAAGAAACACGACAAAUCUGAUCUGUUAAAAAGAAAACAAAAUGAGCUUGAAGAAAUAUCAACAAAACUGCAGUCAGCAACUUUUGGCUUGGAGCACAUCUUUAGAGAAAUGGGGCAGAUCUAUGAAGCCCAUGAAUCUCUGCAGAAACAAACAAAGAGGAGUCAGACUGACUGGUCUAAAUACCCUGAGCUGGCUGCAGAGCUGAUGAUAUCAGGACACCCCAUGGAGCUGAUGGAUGGUGAUGCAGGUCAUGUGCCUUUGACAUGGAUCUCUAGUCUUUUAGAGGAAGUCAUCAAGAGACUGGGUGACCAGAGAGUGUUUGUGUUGUCAGUUUUGGGCAUACAGAGCAGUGGAAAAUCAACAAUGCUGAAUGCCAUGUUUGGGUUACAGUUUGCAGUGAGUGCUGGCAGAUGCACCAAGGGUGCCUUCAUGCAGCUGAUCAAAGUUUCAGAGGAGAUGAAGAGGGACUUUAAGUUUGACUACGUGCUGGUGGUGGACACUGAAGGACUGCAAGCUCUUGAAUUAGCAGGUAACGCUGCUCUUAACCAUGACAAUGAACUGGCAACUUUUGUUGUUGGUCUGGGAAACAUGACAUUGAUCAACAUCUUUGGAGAGAAUCCAGCUGAGAUGCAAGAUGUUCUGCAGAUUGUUGUUCAGGCUUUCAUGAGGAUGAAGAAAGUCAAACUUUCUCCAAGUUGUGUGUUUGUUCACCAGAAUGUGACAGAUAUUUCAGCUGCAGAGAAAAACAUGGAGGGAAAGAGACGCCUGCAAGAAAAACUGGACCAAAUGGCGAAACUUGCUGCCAAAGAGGAGGUUUGUGAUGCAGAGUGUUUCAGUGACAUCAUUGCAUUUGAUGUGCAAAAAGAUGUGAAAUACUUUGCCCAGCUUUGGGAGGGAAGUCCACCUAUGGCUCCUCCAAAUCCAGGUUAUAGUGAGAGCAUCCAAGAGCUGAAGAACUUCAUUCUCUCUAAAGCUUCACAGUCUGCUGGGAUUACUCUGUCACAGUUCAAAAGCAAAAUUCAUGACCUGUGGAAUGCCCUGUUGAAAGAAAACUUUGUUUUCAGUUUCAAAAACACACUUGAAAUUGCAGUCUACAGAAAACUCGAAGUCCAGUACGGGAAUUGGACGUGGGCUCUGAGAAAAAACAUAUUGACCAUUGAAAACCAGCUGUAUAACAGAAUUGAAAAUGGAAAACUUGACAAGAUUGAGCUCAGUUAUCUUUUUAAAGAAAUGAGCAAAACAUAUGGAGAAAUCAAAAAAGAAAUUACAUCUUACUUUGAUGAUGACAGAGACAAAGAAAUGUUGGUUCAGUGGCGAGGCACAUUUGAAAGCAAAAUCAAGGAGUUUCAUGAAGAACAGGUGAGAGGAGUGAAAAGAAAACUGGAUGAAGUUAUCCAGCAGAAGAAGGCUUGUAAAAAGCUUGAUGAUCAAAAGACAGAGUUUGAGAACAAGCUGCUACAGAAGAGCAAAGAGCUCGCUCAUCAGUUAAAAGACAAGACACAAGAUGAAGAGGAACUUAAACAGCAGUUUGACUCUGUUUGGAGAGACUGGGUGAGAGAACUAACUGCAGAUACAAAACCUAUUGAAGACAUCAACUUGGAGGAAGAUCAGUCAACUAUCCUUCAAGAGCUUGGUAUUGAAUGGACUCUUAUUGAUGAAUCCAAAAUCAGUGGCAGAUACAAAAACAUAUCAGGGGUUGGGGAUUACUUUGAUUAUGUGGCACUCACCAAGUAUCAGGCGCUUUGUGACGAAAGCCAACAAUCAGAAGAUGAGAAGAGGGUAAACAAGAACACAAAAGUUCAAGGAGGAUAUUCAUGGAGAACUCCAUUGGUGUCUUUUAAAACAUUUUUUAGAUUUGCGUCAACACAACAAAAAGAAUUACAUACAUCAAGCAACUCUUUACCAUAUGAAGAACAAAAAUGUUUCAGAUCCUUCAUUGAUGAAGUUGAAGAACAGACUUUUGACAUAAUCAAGAACAAACCUGCAGCUACAAGAGGCUACAGUCCAACUUACUUGCAAGAAGUUGCCAAAAAUGUCAAAGAGAAAGUGGCAGAAUUUGAAUCAGAGAGGAAAUUUGCUCUGAAGAGGGAGUUUACAGUUGAACUCUUACUGUAUGUGUUUGACAUAGCAGGGACUUGGCUUUCAGAGUCCCACGAGAAAUUCAAGAAGAAGAAUGAUGCGCGUACUCAUUUAGAAAGCAAGAGGGAUCAAUAUUACAACAUUUUCAGAAGCUUCUGUAAAGGAAACUCUUCUGCUGUUGUACUCGGAGAACUGAUCUGUGAAAAACUGAAGGUUUCCACUGUUGAGGCUGUCUGUAAAAAGACUGUCAUUGAUCUAGCUGGAGAGAUGAAGUGCAGUUUCCCAGCAUUCAAUGGGAACAGACUGAACCUGGAGAAACAUGUGUUGAAGUCACUGGCAGAGAAAGAGGACUUCAGUGGUUUCAUCACCUACAUCCGACACCCAAGGAAACAUGUGGAGAGGUUUAUAAAAGAGGAAGUACAGAAAUACAUCUUCACAUCACACAAAGAUAAAGCUCGGGAUAUACUCAAGAAAAAUGUUGAAGACAUGAAACAACAUGUGAGUCAGGCUUUAUUUACUGCAACAGAGAAAGUCAAAACCCAGAGAGGAGACACAGACAUGUGGCUGGAGGAAUUGUCCACUUUGCUGAAAGAUGAGUUGACAUUUGAUGCCGUUUGUUCUCAAAACUUAAGAGACAUAAACAGUUUUGACUUUCUCAAAGAAGAGAUAGAGAAAAGCCUUGAACCCAUCAUGGAGGAGAUGAUCAGCCUCUCACUGGAUAUGAUGAAAAAAGUUAGACUGAAGCCUGAUCAAAUCCUCAUUGAUCAGCUGUGCAAGUGCUGCUGGGUAAAGUGUCCAUUCUGUGCAGCUGUUUGCACCAACACCAUGGAAAAUCACAGUCCUGAUGACCACAGUGUCCCUUUUCAUCGCCCUUCUGGGAUCAAUGGAUGGCACUAUAGAGGCACAGUGGAACUGGAUGUGGUUUUCUGCACAACAAAUGUUGCAAGUGAUGCACAUUUUUUCCCUCAUCAUGAUUCAGAAGCAAGUAUUCCAUUUAAACAGUACCGAACUGGUGGUCCAGAGUUUAAAAACUGGAGAAUUACCCCUGAUGAGUCUAAACUGACAUACUGGAAAUGGUUUGUGUGUCGAUUUCAAAAACAACUUGAGCAGCACUAUGAAUUAAAAUUUCAGGGCUAUGGUAAAAUUCCCAGUGAGUGGCAAAGACUCUCCAAGAAACAAGCUAUUAAAAGUCUGGAUGAAAUGUACAAUCUGUGAAUGAACCAACACAACUACUUGUUUUCAGGUGACUAUUCAUGAACCAGACUCCUAUAGAAGGACAUUCACAGACUUUUAUUGAUCGUAUUUAAGUAAUAAAUAAAUGUGGAUAGUAAAUGAAUCAUUACAAAUUACAACAUAUACCAUAUGAUUGCUUUAUUCAUAUUAAUUCUUAAAACACAGAGCACAGAAGAACAAUAGUAAUCUGGAGAACAAGCAAGGCAUAAAAACCCAUACAUUCAUAUUAAUAUUAAAUCAGUGUGUCCUCUACAAAGUUAGUUAGUGUGAAAUUCUUGAUAUGAUAAAAGUUUCCAUGAAGGUGAAACCAAAGAAAAUAUGUUGUUUUUUAUCUGUUCUUUUUUGAAGUUUUAUUAAAUCAGAAUACAUGACAUUUGAAGUUCAUUGAACAUGAUUAUGAAAAGGUUGAUGAGAGACAUGUCAGAAAUGAUCAUCUUCAAAGUUGGUUAGUUUGAACUUAAUGAUGAGAAACGUUUCCAUGAGGGUGAAACAGAAGACAAUAUGUAAUCUUUCCAUUUGUUUUUU